UGUUAUGAAGCCUGAACGUUGCCAGUACACUCAGUAGGAUUCGUGUAGAAAAGAACUAAAAACGUCAAAAUUAAAAAUGGGGUCGACAUUGUCUCUUACAGGUACCUAUAAGACACUGAAGUGACAAACCACUUAUAGCCUUAAUAACGACACACCCUCUGAAAGACCCCCAGCAGCUUUUAGCUCGCCGAGCAAAGCCUCUUGCUUUAUAAACGAAGCCUAAGGGAGAAAACGCCGACGAGCAGCCCUGCCCGAGCCCACACCGAGCCGCGGCUGACAGAAACAGCUCACCGAGAGCCCAGACCACUCGGCGAGGCCAGCGCUUGGAGAACCGCUUUCAUUGCGACCAGCAUUUCCUGUCGCUGUGGUUUCACUCUCCUCAGCUACAACACCGCAGGCACGACGGAGAAAGGGGGGCAGGGGGACUGCACCCUUCAUCGGACACUCUCUGAUCCACCUUGAUUUUUUUUAAAUUCUCGUCCAAGAUCUGAGGCUCCUUUCAUGUCAUCCCCGCGUGGACUCGGCAUGGCGCAGCAGGAGAAGAAGAAGGACGAGGAGGACGAGUACAGCCUGGAGGCGAAAUUUACCGCUGCGGUUAAAGUGAUCCGGAGUUUGCCUGAUGAAGGUCCUUUCCAGCCUUCUGAUGACAUGAUGCUGAUGUUUUAUAGCUACUAUAAGCAGGCCACCAUGGGGCCCUGUCACUUCCCCAGACCGACUGGCUUCUGGGACACUGGAGGCAAAGCUAAAUGGGACGCAUGGAGCUCUCUGGGAAACAUGACAAAAGAGGAAGCCAUGAAGAGUUACAUAGAGCACAUCCAGCUGAUUUUGGAGACCAUCCCAAUCUCAGAGGAAGUUACAGAGCUGGUGCAGACGCUUGGCAACUUCUACACCGAGGUGGACGGAGAGGGAGAGGAGGAAGGAAACCAGUCAGUCAGGAGGCCCUUCACCAGGCCUUUUGCGGAUCACACAGAGGAGCUGAUUAAAUCGAUUAAGAAGCCAACGAUGGAAGGCUAUGGGGAUCUGUGGGAGGACAUUCAAAACGUCCAGGAGAGAGACGGAGACCUCAGUGCCCCGAGACGAAGUGUGAGCAGCGAGGAGGCAGAGGGAGGCAAAGUGAUAACGGAGGAAAGCGGGGAGAACUGGAAUGACGACUUCUGCGCCGACAACGUGGAGACCAGAGAUUGGGACCAGGACCCACGCUUUUUAACCGUGGAGGAUAAAAGGUGGCGCUCUGACACUAAGGGGUCGAACAGCAGCCUGGAGCCCAGCGUGUCGUCCUUCACCAACGGCACGCACAGCUCCCUGAACAGCGAGGUGGAGGAGGAGGAGCUGGCCUGUUCCAUGGAGCCCACUGGGCUCCACAACCCAUACCUGCACUUUAAUGGAUACUUCAACGACGACCACGGUGCGAAUCCUGAGCGGAACCGUCGACCCACAGACUCUGACAACGAGGAGUUCUGUGACUCAAUGGAGCAUCUGGCCAUGGAGGAGCGGCUGCCUCCGUCUAAAGGCCGGUCCCCCGGGUCGGGAGCUACAUCGGCGAAGACGAGCGACGUUUGGUUUGAGAGCAGCACGACCUUGAAAGAUGCCGAAGACGAAGGACCGGCGGGAGAUUUCCACAUGAAAGAAAAAGCGGCUCUGAGAAAGCACAGCAGCUCCUUGUCGAAACGAGAACGAGGGCGAGGUUCGCCCAGAGCCACCUGCUUCCCUCUGCGUUGUGCAAGCGCAGACGCUGCCUGUGGUUGUGUGUUGCGGAGCACACAUCCUGCCGUUGCUACGAGGGGAAACAUGAACGAGCAAAUAGCAGCUACUCUGCAGAGGCUGCAGCACAACAUGGCCGACGUGCUGCACAGGCUGCAUGCUCUAGAAGAGCUCACCAGGUCACAGUCAAGACCUCCAUCUCCAAGACAGGAAGGCUUCCUACCUGUCCCACGAAAGCUCCUGAGGCCGUCUUGGUGGCCUUUCCACCUCUCUCCACUCACUGUGGUGUUGACGGCACUCUGGCCUCUUGUCACCCACUGGCUUGUCCAACUUUAUUUCCAGCGUAAAAGAAGUUUCCACUCUUCUGUUCACAGGAAAAUACCGUGAGGGUUCUGACACCCGGCAGGAACCAAAAACGCACUUUUGUUUCCCUGUGGCUUCGCUCCAGCUGACAUUCCAAACGUGCAGUUAUGAAACUUAAAUCUGAAAACUGCAGGAAAUUGGUGGUUUCUCCUAAGCAAGGGGAGCCCUGUUAGGUGUGUGAGAAGGUUUAAUUAUAGCCUGUAGCCACAAAAUGACUGAAAUGAAAUGAUAGUUUAUGAUUAUACAGUGACUGUAGUUCACCAGUGUUGGGAGUUUUCUAGAUUCUCGUUAUUAUUUAUUUGGUGGAUCACGUUUGUGCAGUUUAGUUAAUUUUAAUGUAUCGGGAAGAUAUAUUUAUAAAUAAUAAAUCGGUGUUUAACGUGCGUGUUUGUUUAUUUUUUUACAUUUAAAUAGGCCGAGGGUAUUUCUCUUAAUAUCUGAUAUACAUUUCAUGUAGCAAGCAGAGAUUUUAAUAUGUAGCUUGUCGCUGCAGUGCACUAAUAACGAUUCCUCCUUUUACAAAAGCUGAGUCAAAAGCUGACUGCUGAGUCGGCUUUUGUUUUUGUAAUUUAGAAAACAAAAAACCUGUGUGAGGUGGGGGAAAAGAAAAGAAGAAAAAUAUAUGCUUUUAAAAAAUGAAAAAUAAUAAAAGCAACACAGAAACUUCUAUUGCACAUACUGCGAGGUUUGCAGUAUGUGGUUUCAGGUGUGUGUUUAUGUCAUAAUUCCUCCUACAUCUGCAACAUAUACUACAGACAAUCUAUAUUAGCCUUAGCUAAUCAUUCAUCUAGUCAGUUUUACAGUAUAAAUUAAGAUGAUGUAAAUUUUACACAAUCUUACAGCAAGACUAGUUGUAAUAUGUGACUGAAACUUGAAAUGUAUAAUAAAACAUUUUUUGUAACAAA